GCAAAGCAGCUGUAGCCCUACAGCAGCCAUUUGGCAACUCACUGCUGCUUGUUUCAGCUCCCCCUCCAAGCUGGUGUGUUCUUUGAAAGGAAGGAGUCAAAGUAGUCUCUGGUCUAAAUCCUGAAUUGCCAGUGGAAUCACACUAGGGGAUGUCCAGUGGUGAAGGUCUGAUGAAGUGACUAGCCCCUGCUAUGGAAGCCUUUCUUCUGGGGACUCUCCAGACAUAAGAGCACCUCCAUCUUCAUGCCCACUCUUGCUGUCCUCUUUCAAUGGCCAUAUACAGCCAGGUCUGGGACACCUGGUCAAGUGGAGCUGUCCAAAUUCUUGACAGGUGGAAAAAGGUAUCUUAAUAAGAAAGGAGAAAGAGAGCAAGGAGGUGAGAUUUUCAUUUCUAUUGUGUCAAGUGCCCAUGGAAAAGUAAUAUCUUGUGCUAUCAUCUGGAAGCUGUGAGACGUGCCACCAUGAGCAACAAUGAGAAACAAAUGGACCCUGGCUCAUCCCCUCCUCCUGAACUGCCAAAGAGAAAGAGGGGAAGGCCAAAGAAACAGCCACAACAGGAGCCUGAGGAACUGGUGCCUCUAAAGAAGCCACGUGGAAGGCCAAAAGGAAGCAAAAAAUUGAAUACUACUUCUGGACAGACGGUAGACUCUCCACUUGCAAAAAGACCAAGAGGGAGACCCCGCAAGUGGCCUCAACUAGUGAACCCAGAGAAAAAACCCCAGGAAGAAUCCCCUCUAGGGAGCAAUGACCUUAAUUCUAACUCAUCACUGGCAACAGAAGGCACUGCUGGAAAGGAUGGUUACAGGACUGGCAAGACUGCAGGCCUCAGGAGAUCUCUGAGCACCACUUCAGCUUCACCACAAUAACCUCCUGGAUUAGGGAACAAAAAAAUGCUUUGUUUUUUUUUUACUUCAAAUUCUCCCCAGCUAUUAUUUCAGCAAAGCCUUGCUAUUUAUCAAAAACACUGACCUCAAGUAUGACA